UGAUGGAUAAUUUUAGGUGUCUACUUGACUGGAUUAAGAAAUGCCUAGAGGCCGGGCACGGUGGCUCACACCUGUAAUCCCAGCAGUUUGGGAGGCCGAGGCAGGUGGAUCACGAGGUCAAGAGAUUGAGACCAUCCUGGCCAACAUGGUGAAACCCCGUCUCUAAUAAAAUACAAAAAUUAGCUGGGUAUGGUGGCACGUGCCUAUAAUCCCAGCUACUUGGGAGGCUGAGGCAGGAGAAUCGCUUGAACCUGGGAGGCGGAGGUUGCAAUGAGCUGAGAUCGUGCCAUUGCACUCCAGCCUGGAGACAGAGUGAAACUCCGUCUCAAAAAAAAGAAAAAAAUGCCUAGAAACUUCGUAAUUUUUGGGUAUGUCUGUGAGGAUGUUUCCAGAGGAGAUUAUUAGCAUGUGAGUUUGAGUGGACUAGGUGGGGAAGAUCUGCCCUCAAUGUAGGUGGGUACCAACCAAUUUGCUGGGGGUGCAGACAGAAGAAAAACAGAGAAAAGGCAAAUGUGUUCAUCCAAACUUGCUGCACCUGAGAUACACUCUUCCUCUCCUGUCCUUGGACAACAACACCAGGCUCCCAGCCUUUGGACGUAAGCACCUCCCCUCCUCACCCCCAUCCCCUCCAGUUCUCAGGCUUUCGACCUUGGACUGAGAGUUACACCACUGGCUUCCCUGGUUCUGAAGCUUGUGAAUUUGAAUUGAGCCACAGCCUGCAUCCCAGGGUCUCCAGCUUGCAGACAGCUUGUCGUGGGACUUCUCAGGAUCCAUAACUGGGUUUGGCUCCAGCAGCUGCUGUUGCCACCACCACUAGUUCAAGCACCAUGCAGUUUACCUCAAUAUCAAAUUCUUUGACCUCCACUGCUGCUAUUGGGCUCUCAUUUACAACUUCAACGACUACCACCACCACUUUCACCACCAACACUACUACCACAAUCACCAGUGGCUUUACUGUGAACCAAAACCAACUGUCAUCAAGAGGGUUUGAAAACCUUGUACCUUAUACUUCAACUGUUAGUGCAAUAGCAACUCCUGUGAUGACAUAUGGUCACCUGGAGGGUCUUAUAAAUGAGUGGAACCUUGAGCUGGAAGAUCAAGAGAAGUACUUUCUUCUCCAGGCCACUCAGGUCAAUGCUUGGGACCAUACAUUUAUUGAGAAUGAUGAGAUGAUUAGUAUUUUACAUGGAGAAGUGAACAAAAUGAAACUGGAUCAGAAAAGGUUGGAACAAGAAUUGGAUUUUAUCCUGUCACAGCAACAGGAACUAGAAUUUCUGUUGACUUAUUUAGGGGAGUCUACGAGUGACCAGAGUGGACUUCAUUAUCUGCAGGAUGCAGAUGAGGAGCAUGUGGAGACCUCCACCAGAUCUGCAGAAUUCUGAAUGCCCAUAUGGACUCCCUGCAGUGGACUGAUCAGAAUUCAGGCAUGCUGCAAAGGAAGGUAGAAGUGGUAACACGGGUUUUCGAGGAUUAUCGUCACAAGGAGCAUGCACACAAUGUCAACACUGCUUUUUAUUGAAUGACCAUAUCUUCGGCAUGUCGUUUCUGGAUUAUUACCUACAAAUUCUGAUGUUAAAUAGAGUAGUAUUUAUACUUAAUAUUUCAUCUUGAUCAUAAUGAAUUGUGCAUCCUUUUUUUCAUUUAAGUAUUGUACUGUUGAGAAUUACACCUUAGUUUUGUUUUUAGUAUUAGAAAAUCAAAAUUAUACUAGCCCCUUUGUCCAGACAGCAACCUCUUAGAUGUUGACCCUAUAUGUGUAACUUAUAUGUCUUACUCUCCCUGGCAUCAGUACACAUCAUCCUUCUCACUCCAGUUGAAUCGUAGGGUGAUGUUUGCCAAAAGUACAUGCCAACCUAUAUAGUGCUAGAUACUGUAAAGUCUCUUCUUCUCAAAGGAACCUACUGUCUAGUUUGAGAUAUAAUUAAUGCUUGUCUGCAUAAAAACAAUAUAGAUAAUAUAAAGAGGUGCAGUAUGAAUUAUAGAAAGUGUGUUAUAGAGAUUCAGAGCAGGGGGGAAAAGUUAGGGUAGUUUAUUAUUAAAGGGUUAAGGAAAGGUAAGUUUCAAGGAAUUUGGUUAUUUUUAAUAUAUGGAUAUACUGGCAUUUUAUUUGGUUUUAGCGUAUGAUUUAUAGUUGGUGAUUUCCGUGUAUUUGUUUGCUUUUCUUUUUUUUGUUUGUUUGUUUUGUUUUGUUUUAAAUAAGCCUUGUUCUUAGGUUUGGAACAGUCUGGUCUCCUGUGUUUCAUGUUUCACCUAAGUCAUAAAUAAAGGUAAUGUCCUAAAAAAAAAUGUCAUACUGAAAUUAACUAUUAAAAGUUUUUAAGUGAA